UUUGUUGAUGGAGGAAGCGGUCCUAGAGCUUAAUACUUACCUCUCACAUGAAAAUGGACGGCUGCAGGAGCUGGCUGAUGUUCUUCAGGAGAAGCACCGAAUCAUGUCUCAGGAGUUCUCCAAGCUGCAGGAGAGAGUGGAGACAGCAGAAUCUCGUGUGUCUGUACUGGAGACUAUGAUUGAUGACCUUCAGUGGGAUAUUGACAAGAUACGUAAGAGAGAGCAGAGACUCAACCGACACUUAGCAGAUGUUCUGGAACGAGUAAAUUCCAAAGGCUACAAGGUAUAUGGAGCUGGGAGCAGCCUCUAUGGGGGCACGAUCACCAUUAAUGCCCGCAAGUUUGAGGAGAUGAAUGCAGAGCUGGAAGAGAAUAAAGAGCUUGCUGGGAAUCGCCUCAGUGAGUUGGAGGAACUACGCCAGGAUCUUGAGGAAGUAACAACUCAGAAUGAAAAACUCAAGGUUGAGCUGAGACGAGCAGUGGAAGAGGCUGUGAAGGAGACCCCAGAAUAUCGCUGCAUGCAGUCCCAGUUUUCAGUUUUGUAUAAUGAGAGUCUCCAGCUGAAGGCUCAUCUUGAUGAGGCCCGCACUCUGCUUCACGGCACCCGCACCACACACCAGCGCCAGGUGGAACUAAUCGAGAGGGAUGAGGUCAGCCUUCACAAGAAAUUACGCACAGAGGUGAUUCAGCUAGAGGACACCCUGGCACAAGUCCGCAAAGAAUAUGAGAUGUUGAGGAUAGAGUUUGAACAGACACUUGCUGCCAAUGAACAAGCAGGCCCAAUUAAUCGGGAGAUGCGUCAUCUCAUCAGCAGCCUCCAAAAUCACAACCACCAGCUGAAGGGAGAAGUGUUAAGAUAUAAGCGCAAACUGAGAGAGGCCCAAUCUGACUUGAGCAAGAUCCGCUCUCGCAGUGGUAGUGCUCUCUUGCAGUCCCAGUCCAGCACUGAAGACACAAAGGAGGAACCUCCAGAGAUCAAGCAGGAACCUGACGAUCCUUCUGCCCAAGUGUCUGUCCCCAAGGCUGCUUCUGAAGAUAUUAAUGAAAUGAAGGCCAGGAGAGAUGAAGAGGAACGGGAGCGAGAGAGACGGGAGAGGGAGAGAGAACGAGAGAAGGAAAAGGAGAAAGAGAGAGAGAGAGAGAAAGAGAAAGAAAAGGAAAAGGAACGAGAGCGGGAAAAGCAGAAGCAGAAGGAAUCUGAGAAGGAGAGAGAGUCCAAAGAGAAGGAGAAAGGGAAGCAUGAAGAUGGAAGAAAGAAGGAGGCUGAAGUGAUCAAGCAGCUGAAGGCUGAGCUCAAGAAGGCCCAGGAGAGCCAGAAAGAGAUGAAACUGUUGCUAGAUAUGUACCGCUCUGCCCCCAAAGAGCAGAGAGACAAAGUGCAGCUGAUGGCAGCUGAAAAGAAGGCAAAAGCUGAGCUGGAAGAACUGAGGCAGAGGGUGAAAGAAUUGGAAGACAAGGAGAAAAAGGAGAGUAAAAAGAUGGCUGAUGAGGAUGCUCUUCGCAAGAUCCGAGCAGUGGAGGAACAAAUUGAGUACUUACAGAAGAAACUAGCCAUGGCUAAGCAGGAGGAGGAGGCCCUGCUGUCAGAAAUGGAUGUCACUGGCCAAGCCUUUGAAGACAUGCAGGAGCAGAACAUCCGUCUGAUGCAGCAGCUGCGGGAGAAGGAUGAUGCCAACUUCAAGCUCAUGUCAGAACGCAUCAAGUCCAACCAGAUCCACAAGCUGCUGAAAGAGGAGAAGGAGGAGCUGGCAGACCAAGUUUUGACACUGAAGACACAGGUGGAUGCCCAGCUGCAGGUUGUACGUAAGCUGGAGGAGAAGGAACACUUACUGCAAAGCAGUAUUGGAACAGGCGAGAAAGAACUAGGUCUCCGAACGCAGGCCCUGGAAAUGAACAAACGCAAAGCCAUGGAUGCAGCCCAGCUUGCGGAUGAUCUGAAAGCCCAGCUAGAGCUGGCUCAGAAGAAGUUACAUGACUUCCAGGAUGAAAUCGUUGAAAACAGAGUAACUAGAGAGAAAGAGAUGUUCAACUUCAAAAGGGCUGAGGAAGAUAUUUCUAGGUUACGCAGAAAGCUGGAGACCACUAAGAAGCCUGACAUGGUUCCUAACUGUGAUGAGAUACUGAUGGAAGAAAUCAAGGAUUACAAGGCCCGCCUGACCUGCCCGUGCUGUAACAUGCGCAAAAAGGAUGCUGUGCUUACAAAGUGCUUUCACGUCUUCUGUUUUGAGUGUGUGAAAACCCGCUAUGACACCCGGCAGCGUAAGUGCCCCAAGUGCAAUGCUGCCUUUGGUGCCAAUGACUUCCAUAGGAUCUACAUCGGUUGAUUCCUUCCACUGGAGUGAUGGAAAAUUGCUGCUUAUGCUGACCACCUAGCCUCUCUCACUUUCUGUGAUUGUCACUUUUGGGGCAGUC